CCACCUCCACCCAACAUCCCUUCAACUUCCUCCAUCCCAAGCUCUCACAUUCCCACAACCAUCAAAGCCCCUUCCAAAUCCCAACCCUCCAAAACCCCAAAAAUCCAUCCUAAAUAAACCUGAGUUCUGUAAAAAACCCAAAAUUGCUUCUUAACAAUUUUAGGAAGUUAAGUAGUAGACUGAGGUUAUAGUCCGAAGAAGCAUUUCAGAAGGUGGAGGGGCUGGUGGGAUUAAGAAUGAUGAAGGAGCUUUGAGAGGAAGAGGAAGAGGAUUUGGGGCUGGGAGGUGGGAGGUGGGAGGUGGGAGGUGGAUGGGGUGGUUGAAAAGGGGAUGUUGGAAGAAGGGGCUUGGUGGGGUUGAUAGGAAUUAAUUGGAGAUCGAUUCGAUAAAAAAUAAAGCCAAAGUGGGAAUUACAUAUGGGUCAAGGAAGAGGAGCUGAAUAAUCAUUCAGAAUUUCUCAGGAAUCAAAUCUCAGAGAUGGUCUUCAAGACAAAAACAGUACAGAGAAAGGGAAGAUCACCAAACCUCAAAAGGCCAAACACUUCAACAAACACUAUUCAACUUCAAACCCCGACAAACAGACUUCUUCCCAUAAAAGAACCUCUAGAAAGUAAUCUCCCCCAAACCCCCCUUAACUACCACCGUUCAAUCACCUCCUCCAAAAGUCCAAACCACACCAUGUCCAAAAAUCUCAACAUAAAUAAAAUUCUCCAAAAACUCACUUAAAGUUCUCUAAAACCAGGCCUCUCAGUGGUAAAAGUAAGAGGCUUAAAUAAAAGAGUGGAUGUUAAGGGUAAGGGGAAGUCUGAGGUUGGAAGGAAGGAGAUGGGGGGUGGGUUUUUUAGAGGGAGGGAAGAAGGAGGUGAAGGAGGAGGAUGUGGGGGUGAGGAUACUUUGGAGAGAGUCUUGGAAAGCUCACCGUGUAUUCUGGGGUUUAAGGGUUGGGAAUUGGAAAUUUAGUGUUGGUGGGAUAUUGGGGAGAUUUAGGUGGUUUUUGAAGUUAAUUGAAGAAAGUUUUGGUCAGAAGUAGAAAAUUUCCCAAUACCAAACCUAACCAUAUAAUUUCCCUCACCAAUACCACAUGCCACCACCCCAUAUCUCUGCUAAUAAAGCUUCAAAGCAUAAUCUAAUACUUAAAAACCUCACCAGACUUCCCUUUUACCCCAACCUAUAUGUCCUG